AUUAAAUAGCUCGUGACAUCACUGAACGAGGAGUGGAUGACGAGGAGGGGCGAUAUUCCAACCAGGAAAAAAAGCACCACCAGGAACGAUGAAUUACCCAAUUUGACUGUCAAUAUUCAACACUUUGCGGGCUUUUUGGCCCCCGGAGAGAGCGUUUGGAUAAAGCGCGCUUCCAAAGCGAUGAAGUUCCUCCCGGCAGUUUUUUUUCUCGCUACAAUUCCCGGGAUGGCUAGCUCAAGCUAACGUUGCUCGCUAACUGCUUAGCUCGUCUAUUUAGCCAUCCAUACCCCCCAUAACUUAUCCCAUUAUCAUUUUUUAAGUGGGGAAUUCUUGUUUUUUUAUGUGCAACUCGAGUGUUUGGCUUCGGGAGCUCGACGACGUGAGUGUGCGGUAGAUGGACGGGCUGACGGGAGGCGGUUGCUACCUCUGCGCGGGCGUGAAUCGUCGGGGUCUGGGCGGCUAGGCUUGCGGGUGGGCUCCGACAAAUGUGGCAGGGGCGGUCAGCACUGUCCCGCUGUCUCCGGGACACUAGUGUUUAUUAAAACAAUUUUUUGGGGUGUGUGCGCGUGUAUAAGUCGUUCAGCUUCCACGACUGAGCAGCGGUGCUGGGAAUGAUUAAAAAGGUGUUGGCACACUGGGAAAAUCUUUUUUUAAACACCCCCCAUGUUUAGCUCGUUGCUUCUAGUAUAUAUAUUUUUUUACAAAUAAAAUGGUCUUGUACACCAUUUAAAACAUCGCUUUCCCCUUGUAUUCGUCCGACAAGUCUGUUUUUUUUUCUUGCAAACUGCGAAUUUGCAUACGACUUAAGUCUUAAGCUGUCAAAUAUUUUUCACCGGCAACGAGCAAAGAAAGUAGCAAGAUCCCAUUCGAACGAACGGGAUUCCAUUGACUUGAGCUUGGAGAGCCAUUCCGGAGCCCGGCGCGACCCUCCCCCCCUCCCCCCUUCGUCUGUCAGGCAGGGCUUUUCUGGCUCAUGCGGUGAUGACUCUUGACUCCAUGAUGGCUUGUUGCCUGAGUGAAGAGGCGAAGGAGUCCAAACGGAUCAACUCUGAGAUCGAGAAGCAACUGCGGCGGGACAAACGGGAUGCCAGGAGGGAGCUGAAGCUGCUAUUGUUGGGUACUGGUGAGAGCGGCAAGAGCACUUUUAUCAAGCAAAUGCGAAUUAUUCACGGCUCGGGCUACACCGAUGAGGACAAGAAGGGCUUCACCAAACUGGUCUACCAGAACAUCUUCACGUCCAUGCAGUCCAUGAUCCGGGCCACCGAAACCCUCAAGAUACCAUACAAGUUCGAACAGAACAAAAACAAUGCGCAGCUGGUGCGCGAAGUGGACGUGGAGAUGGUGACGUCGUUCGAUCAGCCGUACAUCGGCGCCAUCAAGAUGCUGUGGGCUGACCCUGGCAUCCAGGAGGCCUAUGAUCGCAGGAGAGAGUACCAGCUCUCGGACUCCACCAAAUAUUACCUUAGCGAUUUAGAAAGAAUAGCGACGUCGGGGUACGUGCCCACUCAGCAGGAUGUGCUGCGGGUUCGAGUGCCAACCACCGGCAUCAUUGAGUACCCGUUUGACCUGGAGAAUAUAAUCUUCAGGAUGGUGGAUGUCGGUGGCCAGCGGUCGGAGAGGAGGAAGUGGAUCCACUGCUUUGAGAACGUCACCUCCAUCAUGUUUCUGGUGGCGCUCAGCGAGUACGAUCAGGUGCUGGUGGAGUCGGACAACGAGAACCGCAUGGAGGAAAGCAAAGCGCUGUUCAGGACCAUCAUCACAUAUCCUUGGUUUCAAAACUCCUCUGUCAUCCUCUUCCUCAAUAAGAGGGACCUGCUGGAGGAGAAGAUCAUGUACUCUCACUUGGUGGACUACUUCCCGGAGUUUGACGGCCCUCAGCGUGACCCAUUGGCAGGUCGCGAGUUCAUCCUGAAAAUGUUUGUGGACUUGAACCCGGACAGCGACAAGAUCAUCUACUCGCACUUCACCUGCGCCACCGACACGGAGAACAUCCGCUUUGUCUUUGCUGCCGUCAAAGACACCAUCCUGCAGCUCAACCUCAAAGAGUACAACCUGGUGUGAAGUGCUCUGUGACAGAGAGAGAGAGAGGAGAGAGAGCAAGCCACACACACACACACACACACUCUCAUCCACUUCUAGAACAUACACAUUUGCAUGGAACAUAGUCAUCCGCUUCGCUCCACACUCGCUAUCUCUUUUUUCGGGUGUCUUGUGUUGCUCAUCACAGUGUACACAUCACAUGAGCCUUUCUAUGGGGGGAUUCAUGGUUGAACCGACAGUACUAUAUUAUCAGCAGUGCUUGUGUGUCACAGGGUGGCCCAUGUCAAAGACUUUCCGGUUCAAAGGGCUCUCUCCUCUCCCUACUUGUGUACACCGUGCAUUCUGUACUCGACUACAGUGUGCUCAUAUUAAAGAAUAUAUCAGUUGGGUUUAAAAAAAAA